AUGCGCGUGCGAUCCACGGCGGCGCCAUUUCUUCAUUUUCCGACUGACUCCUCACCACAGUUCCUACUGCCUGGCCCUCGCGCUCCCGUUCAAACCCACCGCCUCGCUGUGACGAUGUCCUCCAAGCAAGACGCAAAGGUCGUGAUACUCGGCGCGAGCGGCUGCGGCAAGACGUGCCUAUCCCUGCGUUUCGUCAAGGACCAGUUCAUAUCGUACACCGCGUCAACCAUUGGAGCGAGCUUCUUGGUCAAAGAGCUCACCAUCGGCUCGCAGAAGAUCACGCUGCAGAUCUGGGACACGGCCGGCCAGGAGCGCUUCCGCUCGAUGGCGCCGCUGUACUACCGCGGCGCUCUCGCCGCCAUCCUCGUCUUCUCCCUCUGCGACGCGCAGUCCUUCGAGCGGCUCAAGGAGUGGGUCAAGGAGCUGUCGGCGAACGUGGAGGAGCCGCUCGUGCUCGCGAUAGCAGCAAACAAGUCGGACCUGGCCGAGCGCGCGGUGCCCGUCGAGGCGGCGCAGGCGUAUGCCGCCUCCAUCGGGGCCGUGCUCUUCGAGACCUCCGCCAAGGAGGACGUCGGUGUGAAGGAGCUCUUCACCGAGGUCGCGCGCCGGCUGCUGCUCGUGAGGUUGCGCCCGCCCGGCGGCGCGGCGGGGGACGGGUCGUCCACCAUCUCGCUGCCGGAGGGGGACGUGCGCGGCGGCGGGACGCGGUCAAAAUGCUGCUGA